AUGACCUAUAGAGAAGCAAUAGAAUAUGGAUUGAAAAGAGCAGAAGAAAAAAGAAAUGCAAACGAUAUCAAGUUUUCCAUGGCGUCACGUGCUAAAGCUAAACCACCAAAGAAGCGUCAACAACGCGCUACUUCGAAUAUCUUUGCGAUGUUUGAUCAAUCUCAAAUUCAAGAAUAUAAAGAAGCGUUCAAUAUAAUCGAUCACGAUCGAAUCAAGUUUUCCAUGGCGUCACGUGCUAAAGCUAAACCACCAAAGAAGCGUCAACAACGCGCUACUUCGAAUAUCUUUGCGAUGUUUGAUCAAUCUCAAAUUCAAGAAUAUAAAGAAGCGUUCAAUAUAAUCGAUCACGAUCGAGAUGGUUUUAUCAGCGGUGAUGAUUUGAAGGACAUGUUUGCUUCGUUAGGUAAAGUUGUCAAUGAUAUGGAAAUCGAUGCGAUGAUUCGCGAAGCACCAGGUGACAUCAAUUUUACCAUGUUUUUAACGUUAUUCGGAGAGAAACUUACAGGAACCGAUCCCGAGGAUGUAAUUAAAAAUGCAUUUAUGUCAUUGGAUGAAGACGGAUCUGGUAAAAUAUCAGACGAACGUUUACGCGAACUCUUGAUGACGAUUGGUGAUCGAUAUACGGAUGAAGAAGUUGACGAGUUGUUCAAAGAAGCACCGAUUAAAAAUGGCUUAUUUGAUUAUCUCGAAUUUGUAAAAAUUCUUAAAUAUGGCCGCAAAGAUCAAGAUUAA